AUGGCGAAACUUAAACGUGGCGCACGUUUCGGUUUUACCUCAGUUGCUGGCAGUACAGAUUACCGCGUUGAAAGGGAAAAAGAGCAUGAACGAUUUGUGACUUGCUACAUCGUAAGUUCCGAAAAGGAAAUGAAAGCCAAAAGAGCUGAAAGAUUUGGAUUGACCGGGCAAACAUCGCCGGAGCUUGAUCUCUCUAUAGUGAUGAAGAACGAAAGAAAAAACGUUUUGAUCGAGGCAAAGGACCCAGUCAAAGUUCAAACUAAGCCGGUUGCAGUAAAAACUGGUGCAGCUCUCGAUGAUGAGAUAGAGCAGAAGAAGCGGGCUCGCUUGGAGAGAUUUGGAUUGAAGUGA